CAGUGCAAAUACUUGAUGUGGCCACCAUCCAGCUACUUACCUAAAUAUUUAUUUUGCAACGCGUGUAUGUUUGAAUUUGGUGCAUCUCGCAGCAGCCCACGACUCAGAAGCGCUGCUUUUAGUACAAAUUCGACGUUUAACUGGUAUAGUAUGGGCGCAACGGACCAGCAGACGGACAUUAUGCUUUCCUUUAAUUUCAUACGAGGAAUGCUGUUAUUGUUUAACCUAUUGCUUUGGUUCGCCGGUCUGCUGAUUAUCCUAACUGGCAUUUGGUUGCAGACUGAUUUUCAAAAUUAUUUGAAGAUUAGUGGCGGUUACUCAAUCUAUGUGCCUUACCUGUUGCUCAUCGUCGGCGGCAUUUUGGUGUUCGCCGCCUCGCUCGCAUGCUCGUGUACCGUGAAGGUGGAUCCAGCGAUGCUGGUCAUUUAUGGCGGCUUUCUUAUCGCUGCUAUGUUCACUUUGAUCUUAAUGUCCAUCUAUAUAUACGCCUAUAAGGAUAAUGUGAUCACUGCAUUGCCAGCUGGUAUUGAGCGGGAGGUAAACAACUACGGUGCCUCUAAAGAUGACGUCUUUCGUGUGAAUAAUGUAACACUCAUCGAUUACGUACAAAAUAAUCUUGAAUGUUGUGGCAGCAAGAACCAUCUGGAUUGGCCGAAGGAUUCACUACCGAACUCGUGUUGCUGGGACAGGGGCGAAAACAAAAAUUGUACGGACUACCAAUUGGGACAACUGCAUGAAGUGGGCUGUUUGCCAAAAUUAAUACGACUGAUUAACACGAAUCUCACCAGCGUUGGCGUAAUGCUUUCGGUGUUGGCUUUAUUUCCGCUCUUUGCGAUGGUCUUCUCCUAUUCGCUGGCUUCGGCAAGUAGAAGGAUUGGCUAUCAACGUAUUGGUUGAGUGCUGACGGCGAUUUGGCUUGACCAAUAUAAUUGUAAUAUAACUUUCAUGUAUUUUCCUUUAUCAUUUUCCUCCUAACGUCUAAGUCUGAAUAAAAUAUACUCACGGAAUUCAAUAUAAAUUUAAA